GCUCUCUGUCUCACUCCUCUACCACACACAUGCAUCACGAUGCACUCGCCACCACUCCCGGACUACCCGUUGCUUCGGUCUCUGCUUCGUCUCCUCCGGCUGACCAUGCUAAAGCGUCAUCACGGCGCAUCUUUCUCGGCCCCUUGCCAUACAGGAUCAAUAACACCGGACAUGCUGAUAAUGAAGCAUCUGAUUUCGUGAGCAAGCAUGGAUUACGUAUAUUUCUUCAGCAAGGCGGCCGUAUUGAAGAGUGGACGGAAGCAAAAGCGAAGGAGUACAAGGAAAGACUGAAAGAACGGAUUUUGGAGAGCGCCGCGUGGCAUACUGUACUUGACCAUGCCCCUGGGAAGGGUAAAAGGAAAAAGAAGAAGGGUAUGCAUAUGCCGACUGUUGAGUGGAGAGGCGACACGUUUGAGAUUGGAAAGGUUGCGGGUGUGAGCGUCAAUAUGCUUGCUACCCCUGAGCCUGAGGUCAGGAGUAAUACCAGUUUGGUUCCAGAUACACAAUGGAGGAGUGAUCGUACUAUUCGGAAAGCAAAGAGUGCUACUAUGGUCCACUGGGAUGAAUCGCGCAGCAGGUCGUUCUCGAGUACUGGUCCUGUGCGUGAGGAUGAAACUGGCAAGAUGUCCUUUGUUACUGCUCGGACGAAUUUCUCGGAUCCUGAAAGCCCAGGCUACUCGUCGUUCCAAGUACCUCAGACCAUUUCUGCUGCUCGUCAAGUCAGUGAGAAUUCAGACGAGACACAAGAUGAGAGGAACGAUAUAGACGGGAGUACCUCUUCGAAGACGCGUUUGUUCUCCGACGCAGAGCCUGUGCAAGCAUCAAACCUCCGAGGCGCGAAAAGCGAAGGUGAUCUACCAAAGACGAGGCCCGGUUUACGGUCUAUCCUAACUACCAGCCCUACGAAGGAUAAAGGGAAGGGGAAAGCUGUGAGGUAUGCUGAGACUCCUGUUAAAGGGACUCCCAGUGGCAGCCGGAGUCCGGCUCCGCCGGAAGAAGUUCUCGGACGUGAACCAACAGAGGUAGAAGUUUCAAGUGCUGCUGCUUCCGCUGAGGCAGAGCUGUCGGAAGCAAAUGGGGAAGAUGACGAAGACGAAGACAGGACGGCGGCCGUUAUGAGAGACCGGAUGCUUGUUCGUGUGUUUAGAUGCGACCACGAAGGCCUGAAAUUCCCUUUCAAUGAACAGGAAUGCCGGAUGACUCGCGGUCUAGACAGUAAAGAGUGGGAUGAGUUCCUAGUGAUUUGGAGGAAUCGCCGAAUUGAACUCUACGAGGACUACCGGGCUCCAUGCAAAGAACGAAUCUUAGGUCAUAAACAUCUCGCUUUUGUUAUUCCAUUAUCUUCUACGGAGACCAAAUUAUCUUUAUAUUCACCCGUUGAUUUAUCGUUUUGUCUAAUUUGUCCUCCGACACCGACGAAGUCUAGUAGUCGCUGGAGUCAUCGGUCGAUUUUUCAUCGGUCUCCGCAUGGUUUGAAUGUGUUUGUGUUGAAGCCGAAGAGUAGGUCGAGAGCUUUGGAUUGGGUUUGGAACAUAUGGAUGGAACUUGGCGGACAACUCCCGGAUUAUAUCGAAGUCAGCUGUCCCCUCGUGCAUUCGCGCGUACGCAUCCCGAUUCCAGAGGGUGACAAUGACUGGCAUGUCUUCACUCGGGAUUAUAUCGUCGACGAGUGCGACCAAGCUAUGGAAGGCUCCUUUGCAUGGCAGACUGUCAUUCACUUGCCUGUUUUGAGUGGAAGGAAAGUCGAGUUGUGUUGGCGGGCUGGUGCGAGGCUGGAUUGGGUUUGGUUGAGGAGUGAUGUUGAUGGGAAUGAACGGGCUUGGGAGGUGUUGUUUGGGAUGGUCAUGAAUUUCCUCGGCGCUCCGACCCAGCUGGAAUUACAUCUCUCAAGCCACUACCCAAGCCAAGUCCUACUAGACGACGGGAAGCAUCUCGAAGAACCUCCUUCAAUCGAAGGUUUCGUACACACGUACAAGCGAAAAACACAAACUCGAGUACAAUACUACCUAGCAACGCACGACGGCUACCUAUGCUCUAUUCAAGCUGAGAAAGUCGUGCCACCGCCGACACCUACAGAUCUGAAGAGCUUCGCGAAAAGUGAAGACGAGUUUCGGGAGGAUGAACAUACGAGGUUACGUACGCAGGUUAUGAACGCGAGAUUGUUUUGGGAUUUGAGGAGUGUGUUGCUUGUGAGAAGGGCGGUGGUUGUUAUUCCGGUAAUUAAGGAUGAGAGUAUUGCGAAGCAUGCGAGGAAUCCGACUAGUGAGCCGGAUGGGGAACAAAAUGGUGAAUUGGCGACAAGAAUUGCGAGUAUGUGGAAUGAGGAGGCUGAGCUGAGGAGGUCGGAGAGUGAUGUUGGGGACGAGGGUGGAGAAGACGGGCUUAAUUCUGCUAAGGAUAAGGGAAGGUUGAAGAUGCAUCGGUCGUUUGAGGUUGUGUUGAAGAACGGGAGGAUUCUUCGGUUUGAGACUCACUCGACGAAAGUAGCCAUCGAAUGGGUAACACACCUCCGCGCACUAGUCAAAUACUGGACGAAACGAUAUCGAGACGACGCAGUGACAGAGAUGAACAUCCGGCAAAGUCUUGGUGAAGAGAAAGUCACUGUUAGCAAGCGGUAUUGUAAGAAUGGGUAUGGACAUCCGACGCCUACGCCGGACGUGGAGAAUGCUUCGCUUUAUAUGGAUGAGUAUUGGAAUUGGUGUGUGCUUGAGGGGUGUAGGCAGAUUGUGAAGAGUGGGAGGGUGUAUAUGAAGACGAAGUUUCGCGCGCAGUAUAAACACGCUCACCUAAUUCUCAUCCGAGGCACGCUAGUCAUCUUCAAAGUAACCAACGACUUCAGCCUCCACAACCACCAAAUCAGCCGUAUCAACCUCAUCGACGCAUACGUUUGUUCAGGGUACUACGCCGCUCUCGCCCUCCCUCAAGAAGAAUGGGACCCUAACGCCCCACCCAUCGCAAAGCUCUUCCCAGAUGGGCUGGAAACUCGAGACCGCGCAGAAGAUACACUGUUCAUGUUAUGGUACCGUCCGCAUGAUACUAGUAAUAUUAAUUACGCGGACGCGAAGGGGGAUAUGAAUAUGAAUAUGAUUGCGGUACCGGAGUUGCAUGGAAAGAAGAGGGUGAUGUUUUUUAGGGCGAGGAGUCGGUUGGAGAGGGAUGCGUGGUGUUGGGCGCUGAAUUGUGAGAUUGAGAAGAUUGUGAGGAGGACGAAGGUGAGAGAGGGGAGGAUUAGGAAUUUGGGGAUGCCGGUUUGA